AUGGGGACUCCAGUGUUGUGGGGAACUCCCGAUGUGUCGUUCGCUGUUCCCCUCUGGGUCAUCAUCCUGGCCAUCCUGCUGGGGCUGCUGGUGCUAGCCAUGCUAACGUUAGCCCUGUGGAAGUUAGGUUUCUUCGAACGGGCGCGGCCGCCGGCUGAGGACGACGUCUCCGACCAGGAGAAGCUGACGUCCGAUCAAACGGCGGACGCCUGAGCGUCUCCCGGUUGGACYUUUGUUGUCUUUGGGAGGGACGUGCACCUUCUGAACACCUUAACUCAGAUCUGAGAUCUGCUUUAGUUGAAACCUUCAUUCCCUGGUUGGAAGUCUUCUCCCUGUUUUUUUCUUUUUUUUUUUUAAUAAACCGACUGAAAACAAAGACUUGGAGCGCCACACAUCCUGGGACCUGAACAGCAGACAAAGUGGGACCAACACACAUAUUUUGGCAAAUCACACACACACACAUGUCUGUUGUUUAUCUGACGGAAGGAAGCAGCACUGAAGACAGAGUGGACUUUGUUGUUCGGACAGUGCUUUAAAUGCUCCUCUGUGUGUUCAUGAGUGCAGCGCACCGAGACUGAAGAUGAUCUACGCACAACUGUGUGUGUGUUUGUGUGUACAAACUGUGUGUGCAGCUCUUCCAUCCACUUCUAGGGUUUAAUUUAUCCGACACUUUUACACGCACUCAGAGGCAAACACGUGUUUAAAGUGAUACUUCAGAACUUUUGAGGCAACAUCUACAGCAGGUAAGAUAUUAACUGUUCAUAACACAGCUAACCCUACUUCAAAGGAUCUAAACUAUCACUUUAGGCAAAAAAAGGGGCACAAAAUGUAUAUUUAUAAAUGUCUGUGCAAUAUUUGGGCGUUGUGUGAAACUGAAGCUUGUUGUUACACUGGCACUAUUUUAUUAAAGCGUCAAGUUUCCAUUGUMUCUGUAUAUACUGUAAGUGUUUGACUGGUGUAUUAGAAUAUUAUUAUUAUUGAUGGGGGAAAAAAGCAUUUGUAGACUUGUUUUAAGCCACCAUAUUGUGUGUUUUUUUUAAGAAUAUGAUAAAACCAGUAACAAAUAAAUAACUUAUUGCCUUU